AUGGUACUUAAAUCAACAUCUGCUGGAAAUGUAUCAAUAUAUCAAGUAUCAGGAUCAAAUGUGUCACGAUCUUUGCCCGAUUGGAUAGCUAAAAAACGUAAAAAAGCAUUGAAACAAGAUUUAGAUUAUUCUAAUCGUAUUGAAUUAAUACAAGAUUUUGAAUUUAGUGAAGCAUCAAAUAAAAUAAAAGUUUCACCAGAUGGUCAAUAUUGUAUGGCUACUGGAACUUACAAACCUCAAAUACAUGUUUAUGACUUUGCCAAUUUAUCAUUAAAAUUUGAACGUCAUACCGAUUGUGAAAAUGCUGAUUUUAUAAUAUUAAGUCAAGAUUGGACAAAAUCAGUACAUUUACAAGUUGAUAGAAGUAUAGAAUUUCAAACAAAAGGUGGAAUAUAUUACAAAACCAGAAUACCCAAGUUUGGAAGAAGUCUUUGUUAUAACGAAGUAAAUUGUGAUUUAUUAGUUGGAGCUUCUGGGAAUGAAAUUUAUAGAUUAAAUCUUGAACAAGGUAGAUUUUUAAAUCCUUUACAACUAGAUACUGAUAUGGGAGUCAACUCAGUUACAAUAAAUAAAGUACAUGGAUUAAUAUCAGCAGGACUAGAAGAUGGAACAGUUGAAUUUUGGGAUCCAAGAUCAAAAUCAAGAGCUGGGAAAUUAUUUGUGGAUGAACAAAUUAAUGAAUCAAAUAUACAAGUAUCUUCAGUAAGUUUCCGUCAAGAUGGAUUAAAUUUUGCAUGUGGUACUUCAAAUGGUAAAACCCUUUUGUACGAUUUACGAACAAAUCAACCAUCACUAGUAAAAGAUCAAGGUUAUGGUUUUGAAAUUAAAGAUAUUGUAUGGUUAGAAAAUACAUUAAAACCAGAUACUAUACUAACAAGUGAUAAACGUAUAUCCAAGAUUUGGGAUAGAAAUACAGGUAAACCUUUUGCAUCAAUGGAACCAACAGUUGAUAUUAAUGAUGUAUGUCAUGUACAAAAUUCGGGAAUGUUCUUCAUGGCAAAUGAAGGUAUGCCAAUGCAUACUUAUUAUAUACCGAAUUUGGGUCCCGCACCAAGUUGGUGUUCAUUCUUGGAUAAUGUUACAGAAGAAUUAGAAGAAAAACCGUCAGAUACAAUAUAUUCAAAUUAUAGAUUUAUUACAAAAGAAGAUGUUAAAAAAUUAAAUUUGGGUCAUUUAAUUGGUUCAAAAGUUUUACGUUCAUACAUGCAUGGUUUUUUCAUAGAUACUGAAUUAUAUGAAAAAGUUAAUUUAAUAGCUAAUCCAAAUUCAUUACGUGAUCAAAGAGAAAGAGAUAUCAAAAAGAGGAUUGAAAAAGAAAGAGAAUCAAGAAUUAGAAGUACUGGAGCUAUUUCCAAUACCAAAAUUAAAGUCAAUAAAGAUUUGGCUUCAAGAUUACAAGAUAAAGUUGGUGGUGAUGUUGCAGAAAGUGUGAUUAAUGACGAUAGGUUUAAGGAAAUUUUUGAGAACCCAGAUUUUGAAGUAAAUGAAGAAUCCUUUGAAUUCAAACAACUAAACCCUGUCAAAUCUGCUGCUAAGGAUAUAACAAGAUCCUUGACAGCAGUUGAAGAAUCAGAAGAAGAAAGAGCCAACGGCGUAGAAGAUUCAGAGGAAGAAAGUGAAGAAAGUGAAUCAGAAGAUGAAGAACUAGCCAAAGCAAAUAAAGCCAAAAUUGAUAAAGAAUUAGCAAAAUUACGUCAAAAGAAAGAAGAUGAAAAAAGAUUUAAAAAUCAAAUGAAAGUAUUAGCAAAAGAAACACCAAAACAAACAACAGCAAAAGAAAGUUUUGGUUCACAAGUUAAAAAUUUAAGUAGUAAAGUAACAAAACCAAGAGAUGAUUCAAGAUUACAAAGACAUGCAAGAGGAGAAGCUGAAUUGACUUUUGUUCCUAAAAAGAAAGAUAAAAAAUAUAAUAAACCAAGAAAUGAAGAUGAUAGUGGAGUUGAUAAAGGUAGAACAAAACAAAGAUUUGAUGGUCGUAGAAUUGCAUCAAAGAAUCAAUUUAGAGGUAUGUAG